CACCUUAUCGCCAAAUUUAAGCAUGUAUAAAUAGCAACCACCAACUAAAGUUUCGAAUGCAGACACAAAAAUCAUCAAUUUCAAACCUUCCUCUUCAUCUGCUCCACUCUCUAACCUAACCUUCAUCACUCUGCAGCUCAAAUUUUAUAAGUAUACACCAUUGUUGAAUGUUGAAUCCAAUAAUGAUGAUGGAUGAAUUAUUUAAGGUGGCAAGUGAAGAUGAGCUAGUCGAUGAGUUGUCGCCUCUUUUCACGCUGCCUUACAACGUGCCAUUCUCAGCCGAUUCCCCCCUUCUCGCUCCGAUAACACUUGAUGACCGCUAUGGAAUCCAUGGCCUUGGUCAUCAUAUGUCGGAAGCUGAGGACAGAAUUCCAAUGAUGGAAAGAAGUCAUCUGAGAAAGGCUAAUCAUGACAACAUCAAUAAAUAUACUUUGAGAAUCAACAACUCUGGCAAUGUUAUGGCGGAUGAUGGCUACAAAUGGAGGAAAUAUGGCCAGAAAUCAAUCAAGAAUAGCCCAAAUCCCAGAAGCUACUAUAGGUGCACAAAUCCAAGAUGCAAUGCAAAGAAACAAGUGGAGAGGUCCAUUGAAGAUCCUGAGAUUCUAAUAAUCACCUAUGAAGGCCUGCAUCUCCACUAUACCUACCCAUUCUUGUUCUUAAACAACCAGCCUACCAAGAAACACAAAGGCCCCUUACCUGAAUCAAAAGCCAAUUACAUUCCGGCCCAGACAGAAAAUGGGCUCACUGAUUCAAUGGCCCAACAAGGCCUGCUCGAAGAUGUAGUGCCGUUGACUAUCAGAAAGCCUACGAAUUCAUCUCAAUCAUCAUCUUCAACUUCACAUGAUCGAUCAUCACAGCCUUCUUCGCCGGCCUCAUCCAACUCCCUUUCUACUUACUCAUAUUUAGGCUUAAUAUGAAACUUAAUUAUAUAGAAUAUUCUUAUAUAUAUAUGGGUCACAUUACAGAUCAUUAAAGUUGUCCCUAAUUAUGUUGCUAUGUAACAAGCUAGCUAUGUAUACAGUUAUGUUUCUUAAACCUCAAUUAGAAAAGUAAUCAUAAGUAGUGUUUUGUAUUAAUAGUGAGGUAGCCCACGAGUUUUUCCCAUAUCAAUAAAU